AUGGGUGACUUUUGGCCUCCUUGGGUGUGUGUGGGUCUGCAGCAGGGCUGGGGGCUCGAGCCGCCCUGGCCUCAGGGAGUGCCUGUCCCUGUCCCUGUGCCGGACGUGUCGCAACUCCCUGAUAACAUCGGCUAUAAAUGGUCACGGGGCAGCUGCGGCCGCAGCGGCCGGACAGGGCAGGGGCCAGCGGCGAGCGGAGCCACCACCAUGCCCCGGGUUCUGCUCUUCCUCCCGCUCCUCAUCCUCAUGGCUGUGUCUGGGCUGGCUGCCGGUGACCAGGGGCUGCUGACGGAGCUGUUGGGGCCACCAGAGCCCACCCACGCCACGGCCAUCCCGUGCCACACCCUGGGUCCCCACACCCUGCCCGGUUUCUCCCGGCUGCCGCCGCUGCCCCGCGGGCUGGCCCGUGCCGCCCUGGCCCUGGCCCUGCGUGGGGCUGGCUGUGCCCCCCAGGCCGAGGCCGAGGCGCUGGAGCUCGCACAGGAGCUGGGCACCCCCACGGCCGCGGCGCUGCUGCGGGGGCUGGCGCGGCUACCGGGCGCUCCGGCCCCGCGGCCGCUGGCGCUGCUGCUGCUGGGUCUGGCACGCCCGGGGGGCUCCGCCUGCGUGGAUCUGCACGGCACGGGGCCCACGCCGCCCACCCGGGGGCUGCCGGGGGUCCGGCUGUGCCGGCGCCGGCGGGAGGGUGAGGACACGGACGCCUGCAGCCCGGCGGGGGAGCGGGAAGCGCACCAGGUGCUGGAGUGGGUGCCGGGAGUCAGCAUCUUCUACAACCUGGGCACCAGCGUCUACUUCGCCUUCCAGGGCUGCAAAGCCACGGCGUCCACGCGGGCGCUGGAGGCUGCCGAGGAUUUGGGCUACGCCGGGCUGGCGGCGCUCACCGGGGGCCUGGGGGGCCCCGUGGCCAUGGGGGUGCAGAUGGGGCUGCAGCCGGGCAUCAAGGCGGGCGUGAGGGCGCUCGUCGGGUACUUCACCUCGGCCGGGGAGCCCUCGCCGGUGCCCACUGCCCACAGCGGCCCCGUGGUCAUCGUUUGAAUAAAGGCCAGAGUGGCA